AUGCUUAUUGAAGAUUUUGAUAGAUAUGGUAUAGUGGUGGAUGCCGGUUCAUCCGGAUCAAGAAUACAUAUAUAUAAAUGGCAGGAUCCAAACACUAUAUCAGUUACUGAUGUAAAGGCACACUCAGUGCCUCAAAUUUAUCAGUCGAAGGAUUGGAUCUAUAAAGUGACGCCAGGUUUAUCAAGUUUUGAAGAUCAUCCAAAAAAAAGUUUUACUAAGCAUAUUAAGCCAUUAUUAGAUUUUGCAGCAACUAUUAUUCCGAGUGAUAAGAUUAAAGAUACACCAAUCUUCAUUCAGGCCACAGCUGGUAUGAGACUUCUAAAACCUGAGAAGCAAAGGAAGAUAUUAGAAAAUGUUUGUGAAGGUAUUAAAAAAUCAACUGAUUUUUUAUUGACAGAUUGUGAUUCACAGAUCCAAGUUAUUGAUGGUCAAACUGAGGGAAUCUAUGGUUGGUUGAGUUUAAACUAUCUCGGUGGUUAUUUCGACAAUUAUGAUCCAAAUGAUUCAAAUCAUUUUACCUAUGGUUUUAUGGAUAUGGGUGGUGCUUCAGCGCAGAUUGCAUUUGAGCCGAGUGACAAGGAGGAGAUAAAAAGACAUAAAGGAGAUAUUGCUAAAAUUAAUUUGAAGAGUAUUAAUGGUAAUAUCCAAGAGUGGAAUGUUUUUGUUAGUACUUGGUUAGGGUUUGGUGCUAACCAGGCAAGACAAAGAUAUUUUGCACAAUUAGUGAACAGUCUACCAGAGAAUAUAAAUCAAUACGAUGAUGAUGACUUUAGCACACGAAGAGUGUAUGAUCCAUGUAUUCCGCAAGGUUAUCAACACAAAUUUGAAUUCAAAGAUGUUGAAUUUAUUGCUAUAGGAAAAGGUGAUUUCGAACAAUGUAGUAAAUCCAUAUAUCCAUUAUUGUUGAAAAAUAUGCCAUGCUAUGAUGAGCCAUGCCUUUUCAAUGGAGUUCAUGUACCUAGAAUUGACUUUAAUAAGGAUAGAUUUGUUGGUAUAUCGGAGUACUGGUAUAUACCAAAUGAUAUUUUUAAAUUAGGUGGUCCAUACGAUUUUAAUAAAUUUAAUAAAGGUGUGAAGAAGUUUUGUAAUACUAACUGGGAAAUUUUGCAGAAAAAUAAUUUAAAUGGUGAGUAUAAUGAUAUUCCAGAAGAAUACCUUGCAGCAUCAUGCUUUAAGAGUACAUGGAUUUUAAAUGUUUUGCAUGAAGGUUUUGAGAUGCCAAGGAAUAAAGAGAUCAAUUCAAAUCUAUUAACAAAUUCGAAUGAAACUCCUGAUAACACUGAUCCAAUUUUUCAAAGUCUAAGUGAUAUGAAUGGGACAGAAAUAUCCUGGACUCUCGGAAGAAUACUGUUAUUUGUAUCCGGUAGUAUUAUGAGGGGUAAUCUUAUUGAUAAAGUUGGGAUUUAUCCAAGUAAAUUAGAAGCAGAGAACCUUGGUAAGACAUUUAUUUCAGGCACUUUACUCAGCUCUGUAGAUAGACGCCUAGAUUUCCAUUAUUAUAGAUCGAUUAUGAUAUUGAUUAUAAUAAGUAUCAUUGUAAUAAUAUUAUACUAUACCUUACUUCAUAAUAUGUUUCAUCUUAAAGGAGGAAACAUUUUUUCCAAAGUGCACAAGAUUGUAAAUUUCAUUACAAGAAGGAUUAAAUCAUUUAGGAGUACAAGGACAGUCUAUGAUAAUCUAUCCAAAUUAGAAGAAGGGACAUAUAAUAAUAAACAUUUGAUUUCUAAGGUAUUGUUAAAAAAGGCACUGAAUAAUAACAAUGGUAAAGGUAAUAUGGAUAUGAGUAUGAAUGAUACUGUCGAUAGAGGAUCGGUUUUAAGAAGUCAGAGUACUGGUAACUUGACAAUGAAUCGUCCUAUUAAUGGAAAUCUAGAUGAGAGGAAAGAACGAUCCCCAUUCAUGAGGUCCAUAUCAAGAGCUAAUAUAACAUCUUUAACAAGCAUUCAAAUGUCGGCAUUAGAUGAGAAUUCGGGGUCAGCUCAUGAUCUAUGA